ACUUAAAAAAAGGAACACUAACUAACGAAGAGCGCAGACAGAUUAAUAUAUUCGCUUUAAAAGUAUGACACGAUAAAUGUUUUGGGCGAAAUAAUUCGAUUUUAAUUUAAUCGAAUUGAAUUUACCGAUACACAGACAUGUAUGAAGAAUGCAUUUCUUCAGAAUACACAGCUAUCACUCUGCCAAAACCGGACUGUGUGUACACGAGCUGUUACUGUGAAGAGAAUGUGUGGAAAUUGUGUGAAUAUAUCAAGGCUCAGGAGGUGUGUCCAUUGGACCAAGUGCAUGUAGUCUUCAUAUCGAAUGAAAAUAAAACGAUCCCUAUUUGGAAGCAGAAAUCCAGCAGAGGGAGUGAACCAGUGAUAUGGGAUUAUCAUGUCAUAUUACUGCACGUGAACCCACAAGCACAGAGUUUUGUGUAUGACCUGGACACCACCCUCCCCUUCCCGUGUCCUUCAGACAUGUACUUAAGGGAAGCAUUUCGAUCUGAUAACUCAAUAAAACCACAAUUUCGAAGGAAGAUGCGAGUCAUACCAGCUGUCACCUACUUAAAGAAGUUCGCUUCAGAUAGAUCUCACAUGAAGCAUUCUAACGGGACAUGGCGUAUGCCCCCACCACCUUAUCCUUGCAUAGAAACAACAGAGUCCAAAAUGAACCUGGAUGACUUCAUCAGCAUGGACACCAGUGUGGGAUUAGGAAAAGUCUAUAAGCUUCCUGAAUUUGUGCAACACUUUGGAGCUAAAUGAUGCAUUUUGGACAUCAGAAAAUAAACCAUAUUAAAGUUGUACUGAAAUGUAGAAGACGAGUUAGGAUUGUUGAAGUGCAGGAUAAUAAUCAGUGAAAUCAAUGCAUGAACAUUUUGGAUUCUGCCUCUACCCCAAUAGAGGGUAUUGCUCGAGUGGAAAUAAUUUUCUUACUGUAUACGGUUUCAUUAAAUCGAAGAAAAACGUCCUUGAAGCCACUGGAGACUAUUUUUUGUCAUGAAAUGUAUUAUUUUGUAAUCGUUAAUUCUAAUUUAUAUUCUUUAAGUUAAAUUGCUCAUUUUUAAAUUUGCUUUUGUUGCAGCCAGGUCUAUUAGUGAAGAAAGUGCUGCAUACUGCUGUUUUUGUUAUUGUAGGUUACCAUUAAGAGCCAUUUAUCUUCACAAUAGCUGUAAUUGUUUUGUAAAUGGUUUGUCACCUACUGCAUUUUUCCUGAAGCAAAGCAGCAAUACAGUCGUUUUAGUCGAUUUAUUGAUGGUCUGUUCUGGUACAAAGGAGAGGAGUAGAUAUACAAAUAAUAAAAAUGCUGUUACUCAGAAUUAUAGAGACAAUGGCUGGAAAAAAAACAGCACGUUUGUAUAGCUGCAUUUAAUUAUGCAAUCGCUGCAAGAUAAUCCUUCACUUCAGCAGGUGAAAGUCUGCGAAAUCCAGCUUCAUUACAGAUGCCCACUUCAAUGUUAUCUUCUGUCAUCUGUCCUUCAAAACUUUCCUGUAGAAACAGACAUGAGAGAAUAAAUGGUUUGAUAUUACAAAUAAAAGGACCAAAAUUUUAA